AUGGAGGGCGCAACCCGCCAGACCUCCAGGUUGCUCCGGUCUCGUGGCCAGAACCUCCUUCCCCAACAACGCCGCCUCCCACGCACCAGCACCGGGUCAACCAGCACAGUCCUGCACCAGACUCAAUGUCGAACCCUCUCAAAUUCUUCUAGGAGUCUCGCCCCAGAGUCCCUCUUCAAUAGCCUUAAAGCCGGUGGCCCAUACGGCGACGGACCCACCACCUAUUUCUCCAACAAACAGCCCCUACCCGCAAACACUGUUGUGCGAUUCGUGCCACAGCAAACAGCAUGGAUUGUCGAGCGCAUGGGAAAGUUCCACCGCAUCCUCGAGCCCGGUCUGGCAAUCCUCGUUCCGUUCUUGGAUCGCAUUGCCUACGUGAAGAGCUUGAAGGAGUCCGCCAUCGAGAUUCCCAGCCAGAACGCCAUUACGGCGGAUAAUGUCACACUGGAACUGGAUGGUGUGCUAUACACGCGUGUAUUCGAUGCGUACAAGGCAAGCUACGGAGUCGAAGACGCAGAAUACGCCAUUUCGCAACUGGCGCAGACAACGAUGCGAUCCGAAAUCGGUCAGUUGACACUCGACCACGUCCUCAAGGAACGUGCCAACCUCAACACAAACAUUACAAAGGCCAUCAACGAGGCCGCCCAGGAAUGGGGUGUCGUUUGCCUGCGAUAUGAGAUCAGGGAUAUUCAUGCACCCGAGAAGGUCGUGGCUGCCAUGCACCGCCAGGUGACAGCCGAGCGGUCGAAGCGCGCUGAGAUUCUUGACUCCGAGGGUCAGCGCCAGAGUGCCAUUAACAUUGCCGAGGGUCGCAAGCAGUCGGUCAUCCUGGCUUCUGAGGCGCUACGCGCCGAGCAGAUCAACCGCGCUUCCGGUGAAUCCGAGGCUAUUCAGCUCAAGGCCAAGGCUACCGCUCUCGGUAUUGAGGCUGUUGCCCGCGCCAUCGAGGAGAAUGGCCAGAAUGCUCACAGCGCUGUUAGCUUCAGAGUUGCUGAGAAGUAUGUCGAUGCUUGGUCGAACCUAGCGCGCGAGGGUACCGCCGUCGUUGUUCCUGGUAAUGUCGGUGAUAUGGGUGGCAUGAUUGCCAACGCGAUGGCUGUCUACGGAAAGGUCAGCCAGACGCAGGCUCGCAGUAUGGCCGCGAAGACUCUUGGAGUGGACGAUGUCUCCAAAUCAUCGCAAAGCUCGGAACAUGGCGUCGACCAGAAGAGCUUCGGGGAGGAGGCGCAGGGGACGGCUCAGUCGGAUAUCUUGGAAGGAUUCGAUCUAGCCAACAAGCAAAACAAAUAG